AUGGGGGGAUCCCUGGAGAUGCCCCACCAGCAAGAGGACCAGAGCAUGCUUAAUCUGUGGGAAACGCAGUAUCAGGAGUUCCUGAGGGACACUUUUUCCGAGAAGCAGCUGCUGGAGGAUCUCAUCCCGUGGGAGGAGCCGCAGGCCUUCCUGGCCUCCUUUGAGAAAGUCGCCAUGGCUUGCCGCUGGCCGAAAAAAGAGUGGGUGACGCGUCUGCUGCCGGCUCUCAGCGAGGAGUCCGAGAAGGCUUUCGUCGCCCUGUCCGCCGAGGAUCGGGAAGACUACUGGAAGGUGAAGUCGGCCGUGCUGCGCCGGGAAGCCGCCAUCAGGGAGAAGCAACGUCAAGCAUUCCGCCGGUUCUGCUUUCAAGAAGCCCAGAGCCCGCGGCAAGUCCUCGCCCGGCUCCGGGACCUCUUCUGCCAGUGGCUGCGGGCCGAGAGGAGCAGCAAAGAACAGAUUCUGGAGCUUCUGCUUCUGGAGCAGUUCCUGAACAUCCUGCCCCGGGAAAUGCAGAACUGGGUCAAGGAACGUAUUCCGGACACGUGCCUGGAAGCUGUGGGUCUGGCUGAGGAGUUUCUGAGACGGCUCCAAACGCCCGAAUGGAGGGGAGAGCAGAUGAGGGAACCCUCUUUGCCCCUGGAGCCAGAAACACCAGAGGCUAAACCAGAAAUGGCAUCAACACAGAGACCAGCCAAUGCAGACAGUCAGCAGCAAAUCCAGCCACCACUGCAGCCUUAUCCCUCCAAUUCUUGCCGUUGGAAGCAAGGAAGAAUCGACGCCGUCCCGCCGCGCCGUUAUUCCGAAAGGCUGCGGAAGAGCCACCCACCCAUCCAGGUGGAAAUGCUGUCUUCGACUCCCCGCAAGGUGAAACCUAAGCUGAAAGAGCAGCCGCCCCCUGUGCCGCAGACCCCCAAGGACCAAAUCAAGCACUGCGAGGACUGUGGCAAAAAUUUCAACGGAACGGCGAGUUUCCUCCGGCACCGUAUACGGCACACGGGAGAGAAGCGCUACGAGUGCUGUUUUUGCGGGAGAGGGUUCUGCUGGCGGUCUGACCUGGUCCGCCACGAAUGCCAACACACCGGCAAGAAGCCGCACGAGUGCUCCUUCUGCGGGGCAGGCUUCGACCGCAAGUGGCUACGGGUAAAGCAUCAGCAGACCCACCUGCAAAGCAAGCCGAAUCUCUGA